AUGGCCGACAAUUCGCAACAUAACCUUGCACUGUCAACGGACUCUCCAGCUCGAACACCAGUACCCAGUAUCACUACAACGGCAGCUCCAGAACAAUUCACCAAAAUGGACGUCACUGGCUCCAAUACACCCGCAGACCUCUCCGGUGCCUCCGCAACACAGGUGCGACCAGGCGGCGCGCCCGCCCGCGUCUACCUAAAUGAAAAAAUCGUGCCGCAUCUACUCGAAGGAAUGAAGACCGUUGCGCGAGAACAACCAUCGGAUCCGCUGCGAGUCCUCGGGGAAUUUUUAAUUCAAAAGAGUGGUGAGUUGGAGGGCGAUGCGAGGAAGGACUAG